AUGAGUGAUGCCAUCAUUUUCCAGACUGUGUGCUUCUGGACAGCGCACCAGCUCGUGAAUCAAUCUGCGACAGCCCCAAUUAAACAGGAGACGUCGCUGAGCGAACCCUCUCUCGCCAGCCGAGUGGGUGUCGUUUCUGUGGUCAACACCGACACCAAGCUCCGAAGACCUGAUCCAACACUGCACAUCUUAGAACUACUUCGCCUAACGCCUGCCAUAAGAACCUUCUCGAACCCACCUCCUCAUUCUCACUAUCAUUCUACACCGAAUUGCACACCGCCGUUUCCACAAUACGAGAUCUGCUUUAAUCAUGACAUCGGCUACAACACAACAUUUUCCAAGAUUACUCCACCAACUUCGGAUCUCAAUGUCAUCUGCCGACUCCACGAUACCCCCCACCCCUCUCUACCUCUAGUCAGUUCAGCAAGUUGA